UCUGCAGUCCGCUACCGCCUAUAACAUGGAUUCCAUCGACCGAUAAGUCGAUCGACUUGUCGAGUAAGAGCCACCCCUAUAUAAACGCCAGAGUCGCCAUCCGGCCACCAGUCCACUGCCGCUGUUACGAACUAAUUAUUAAAAAAUAAAAUUAAAAAGUUACAUUAAAACUAUAUCGUGUUUCCGCGCCUUUUUUGGUGUUUAAGAGAGUAUUUGGGCUGAAGUUCUUAGUCGGAGAUGGAGCACGCCGAGUUCAGAGUGAAGGCCAAGGAGAUGGUAGACUACAUAGCGGACUACCUUGAGAACAUCCGUGAGAGGAAGGUGUACCCCAGCGUGCAGCCUGGGUACCUGCACAAGCGGUUACCCGCGACUCCGCCUGUGCAGCCGGAGGCUUGGGACGACAUCUUCAAGGAUGUUGAUGAGCAUAUCAUGCCUGGGCUGGUCCACUGGCAGUCCCCCCAUAUGCACGCUUACUUCCCUGCUCUGACGUCCUACCCCUCCAUUAUGGGGGACAUGCUGUCAAGUGCGCUCAACGUUCUUUGCUUCACCUGGGCAUCGUCACCAGCGGGCACGGAGCUGGAGACCAUCGCCAUGAACUGGCUCGGCAAGAUUCUGGGGCUCCCGGAGUGCUUCCUCAACGAGAAGAACGACAGCCCUGGAGGAGGGGUUAUCCAGACCACUGCAAGCGAAGCCACACUGGUGAGCCUCCUAGCAGCCCGCACCAGGGCUCUCAUGGAGCUCUCGAGGCUCAACCCUGACCUGCAGUCUUCAGAGCUGCUCGGGCACCUCAUCUGCUAUUGUUCUGACCAGGCACAUUCGUCAGUGGAGAAAGCUGGACUUAUUGGUCUUGUACGCAUGCGUUACAUCGAAUCGGACGAGCAUCAGAGCAUGCGCGGCGCUGCACUAGAGGAGGCUAUACUGGCUGACAAGGAAAAGGGACUCGUCCCUUUCUGGGUGUGUGCAACCCUCGGCACGACGGGUUCCGUAGCCUUCGACAAUUUGCGUGAAAUAGGCGCAGUAUGCGACAAGCAUGGAGCAUGGCUUCAUGUAGACGCCGCAUAUGCGGGCAGCGCUUUCGUCUGUCCAGAGUACAGACACUGGAUGAACGGGAUAGAGAUGGCGGACUCCUUCGCCUUCAACCCUUCCAAGUGGCUGAUGGUCAACUUUGACUGCACUGCCAUGUGGGUCCGUGACAGCACCGCUCUGCAUAGGACCUUCAACGUCAACCCGAUUUACCUGAGGCACGAGAAUUCAGGAAAAGCUAUCGAUUAUAUGGUAGGCUCUCAAGUGUCAAACGUAAAACGAAUGUUACGCACCAAAGAGGUUAAAAUUAAUGAUGAAAUCAUUGUCAAUGAUAAAGAACUGAAAAAAACAAAUGAAGGUCUGAACAACGAUGAAAAUAUGCCUGAUGAUGGAUUCAACAGCGGUGGUUCAAAUCAUGAUCUCUACGAUGAAGAAGAAGGUUUACAUGGUUAUGAUAAGAUGUCUCCUGGGUGUGGCGAGAAGAUUCAGCUGGAGAAUCCUGAUAAGAAGGAAUAUUUACAUUGGCAGAUUCCCCUGAGUCGUCGCUUCAGGGCUUUAAAGCUGUGGUUCGUGCUGAGGAACUAUGGCGUCACCGGUCUUCAGAAGCAUAUAAGAGAGAGCGUUCGCUUGGCGCAGAAGUUUGAGGCGUUGGUUUUGGCUGACCAGCGGUUCGAAAUUCCGCAACCGAGGAAUCUAGGCAUGGUGGCCUUCCGUAUGAAGGGCGACAACGCCCUCACCGAGCGUCUCCUCAAACGUCUCAACGCCCGCGGCUAUAUUCACGCCGUGCCGGCCUGCUUCAAGGGCACAUACGUCAUUCGCUUCACCGUGACGUCACAGCGGACAACCAAUCAGGACAUACUUGAUGAUUGGAAUGAGAUUAAGAAAGUGGCGUCUGAGAUCCUGAUGGAGGUGUUCGGAUCUGACAAUGGCAACAUCGUGGUGCCGAAGAAGCCUAGGAUCUCCCUCAAAGAGACCCGCGAGCUGAACGCGACCUUCGGCACCAGUCUCCUCCUGGCUAACAGCCCGAUGAGUCCCAAGAUAGUGAACGGCACACACGCGGCCAUAUGCGACUAUGAGCAGGUGCUCACAUCCUGCGCGCAGACGUUCGCGCAGCUUAAGAUGGAGCCGAAGGAUAGUCCUGAGAUGCGUCGUCGCAUCCGCGCGAUCAAGAUGUGCGGGAAGAAGCUCUCUCUAGACUCCUGCAUGGACAUGGUCCAGGGGAUGAUGGUGGAACAGUCCCUCCCACUGUGCCACGAGGAGGGGGAGGAUGUGUCUAACGGAUCGAGCCCCGGUGACAGGUCCUCGCUGUCUCCUUCACCUGUCACCAUCAAACAAGAGGCCAGCCCGGAAUCGAACCAGCUACAACUCCCCACCAGGCAAUACCGCUCCAAAUCCGUUGACGUCUCCUUAACCGGUCUCAAACUUGAUGACGCUAAAAUAACCAUUGAUGUUAAAAAUAAUGAAAUAAUAAUAACACCUACAGGCUCAAAAGCUAUCACCGAUCCAGUAAAUGACACACAGAAAUCAGUACACUUCAGUGAUCUAGAAGAAAAACUAAACAUUGGAGACAAAAUCACUCAGGCAUUCGAAAACUUCCAAGAUGGUCUGCAAAUGCUAAGCGAAUUUAGACAGAAUGAUAAUGAAAAUAAAGUUGAAAAUAAGGAUGAAUGUGAUACUAAACUCACAAUUAGAGGCCCUGGUAGUUAUAUUAAGAAACUAAUUCAACAGUUUAGUGAGGAUCCUUUUGGAACUGAAGAUGCCAAGCCAGAAGCUGAUAGAGGGAGCUCAAGUCAAACAAUAAAGGAAAAAGCUGAUGCUAUUUGUAAAAAAUGUCUACAUUACAAGGGUAAGAUGUCUAAGUAAAUGUGUAACUUGGCAAUAAUAAUUACGGCAAUGAAAACGGCGUGUUUAAAUGUUUAGGUAAACUGAAUAUCGAUGAAAAAAAAGAUUUUUGAUGUCGAUUCUUUUGCGAUGUGAUUUAAGUGUUACAUACUUGAUCUAUAUAGAGUAUUACAAUUAAUAGAAUAUCAAAUCGGUGUUCAAAAAUGAUAUAGCCGGUCAAACAACUUUGUCAGUAGAACAAGGCGCGCAAUUCAAAUUUUCUAUGGGACGAUUACCCUUCGCGCCUACAUUUUUUAGCGGCUUUUUUCUACUGACGGAAAUGGCUUGACAGACUUUAUAAAGAUUAUUUAGUAAUUAAAUAUUGGUAUCUACUUAAGUUACACGAAGGAAUUCGAGUAUGACAGUACAUAUAUAAUGUAUAACUUUAAUGUCGUGAACGAAAUAUAAGUUCUCGACGUGAAAUAUGUGAUUCUUUUUUUUCUCAUUUAGAAAUGUUCGCUGAUAGGUGUUGUAAUAUAGCUUACUACGUUUCUAUAGUAUCUUCAAAAUAAUAUUGAUAUAAAAUCGCAGAUUGGAUAUUCAACGUAUCAUAGCCAGAAUUGUUAGAAAAAAGUGUUGUUACUCUAAUUCAUAAGUGCACUAAACUCGUUCAAAUAUUAGUAAGAAGAAUAUUUAAAUACCGAAACUUGUGCUCCAGGAGCCGUAUUCUGAUUUUAAUUACAGGUUAUGAAUUUGAUCUAGAUUUGUUAUAAAUCUGUGUGAUCCCGUGAACUAUUGUAUAAGUAUGUAUAUCGUCGCCUAGUACAUAGUACAAGCUUUGCUUAGUUUGGGGCUAGGUUGAUGUCUGUAAGAUUAUCCCCAAAUAUUUAUUUAUUUCUGGGGUCCCAGCGCGCACGAGUUGUUCGCAGAAAUCGCGAAGCGUCUGGUUGACGUAACUGGUGACCGAAGAGCUGGCAGCUACCUCGGAUAACGUAUCAGCAUUGCGAUACAGCGAGGAAAUGCCGCCAGCAUCCUUGGUACAAUGCCUCAGGGGCCUAUGUUUUAGAUUUAAGCUAGUUAUUAAUUUCGUUUAGUAGUACCACUGUAUAUAUCUUGUAUAUAAAUAAAUGUUUUUUUUUCUUGUUGAAAAAAUGACCAUCCGGAUCCAAUUCAUAACCUGUUAUUACAGACAUAUUUUUUGCUAUUAUUCUGUUGCAUUAUCUCCAGAGAUAAUAUAAGCAUAUAUGUAGGCUUUAAUUUAAAUUAUCUAGCUAAAUAGCACUAUUGGUACUAUUUUUUUGCUGAAAUUCAGCACAAUAAAAUUUCUAGCAGACACGACAGUUACCAAUGCUAUUAAACUUAGAAACUAAUUAAUAUAAACAUUAAAUAUGCGCUGUAUUAGGUAAGGUCUUGGUAUAGUUUGAAUAAUCUCAGGUGAAUUUUUCGAGUUCGGGUGCUAAUCCGUUAAACAAAAGCCUUUGUUUCUUUUAAGAGCGGUCUACAGCCACGUGCCAAAGCAACCAUGUCGUUUAAAAAACAACUAUCGUGAUAGUAUUAAGGUUCAAAUUCAUAUGACAGCUUGUUCAGAGAACAAUUAGGGUGGUCUUGUUUUUAGAGAUAGCAAAAACGUGUUAUCUCCGAAUGAGCUGAUUCAAGAAUUUGAACCAAAUAAUUAGAAUGGUAAAUUUGCCCUUUAAAUGGGUUUGUUCCCGUUACUUACGUCGGGGCUAUUAGCAGUAAGCAUUGUAACCACUGCAUAAAGGAAACAAUAUCUUUUGUUUAACAGAUUAGGGUCCGAGCCCGAAAAAUUCACCUGAGAUUAUUCAAACUAUAGCUCAGAUGGAAGGGCAGCGGGCUAGCGAUUCGGUGGUCGUGGGUUCCAUUCCCACCCAAGACUGGGAUUUUUCCACUUUUAAUUUGUUUUUAUGUUUAUUCAGCACAAUUUCAUAAAUUAACAUACGCUACAUAGAAUAAUGAGGGAUUCCGCGAUCGAUUUUUUCACUAGAUGACAGCACCAUGGCGAGAGGUCUAGCUGUGAUAAUCCACCAAUCAUGUUUAACCAUAUUUUUUUAUUGGUGGAUUUGACAGCAGCUGUCAAAAAGACCUCUCUUCACGGUGCUGCCAUCUAGUGAAAAUCUCGAUCGCGGAAACGGAUAUGUAUGUUGCCACUUUUCUAAGUACAUAUUCACAUUUAAUCGUUUAAGUGCCUAUGAGAAUACAUUUGAUAGUAGGUAUAUUAGAUAAAAAAGUGUAGGUUAUAAUAGUGCUUACAAAAAAGUCUUGGUACUUAUUUCUGUAAUGUAAAAUGUAUAAAAAAGCAAUUUCGAUAAUUGCAAUAAAAACGCCCGAAAAUCCUGUAAUGUAAGCUUAGUUAAUGGGCUGGGUAGAAAAUAUAGUUAUAAUAUUUAUGAAUAGGUUAACAAAGCACAAUAUUUUUAUGUAUAUAUGUUGUUAAGUUUUUUUGUCACUUUAAGCGGUGGAUUUGCAUAAUAUUAAUAAAAAAAAUCUAAGCUUCGAAACUAAUAUUCAUAUAUUGUAUACUUAUUUAAUGCGUGGAUCAAUAUAGAAUAUAUAGAUAGACAGAUAGAACACUCUUUAUUAGCACACCUCAGUGAUACAGCUUAAAGAAAAAUAUUUUAUUUAAGAUAGAUGCAUAAAUUAUAUUAAUAAAUCAACAUUAUUAAAAUAUAAUGAACUAUCGAUGUUUAAACGCGACGUAGCGAAUUCACUUUGGUGAAUUAAAUCACGAAUUAGAAUGGCAUUAAAUCACAUUUAAUAUUAUUUUACUUUUUACUAUUCCGUCAAAAAUGAUCAAAAUAUAUUUAUCUGCUUAAUUAUUUAUUUUUAAUAGUUGACGUGACUUAAAAACUUUCAAAUCGAUAUCUAAAUGUAAUAAUUGAAAGUUAAAUGUAAAUGGCUACUAUA